CCUGGUGAAUGCACCUGUUGCACCACCUGGAGAAGAGCAACACUGACGGACUGGAGACUGUGACAGCAGCAACAUGGGAGGUGUCUACUCUGGUGAAAAGAUGGCAGGCGUUUUCUCCUAUGAGAGCUCAGAAGUUGACUGGUGUGAGGACAACUACAAACACUCAGAACAUGUGGUGGAGUACUUCAACACUAUGAGCAGCUUUUUUUUCUUCAUUGUAUCUCCCGUCAUGCUUUACCUUCUGCACCCGUAUGCCAAAGAGAGGAGUCUGGCAAUCCACAUGGUCUGGAUCAUGAUGAUUUUUGUAGGGCUCUUCUCAGCGUACUUCCACAUGACUCUUAGUUUCGUUGGCCAGAUGUUGGACGAGCUGUCAAUCCUGUGGGUGUUGGCAGUGGGAUACGCCGUCUGGUUCCCACGCAAGCUGUUUCCUUCCUUUAUAAAAGACAGGUCCACAUUUUCAAGGCUCGUCCUGGUCGUCACUGUCAUCACCACAGUGUCGUCAUUCGUCAAACCCACAGCCAAUGCCUACGCUUUAAACUGCUUCGGCCUCCACCUGCUUUACACUCUGGCAGUCGAGAUGAGAUGCUGCACUGACCAGAAGGCUCUGCAACUGGCCAAGCUGUCGGUGGCUCUGUGGGUGCUCGCCAUCUCCUGCUGGAUUAGUGACCGUUUUGGCUGCAGCUUCUGGCAACAGCUAAACUUCUGCUACCUGCACGGUAUCUGGCACAUCCUCAUUGUGAUGGCUGUGGCUUAUGGCAGCACCCUGAUCGCUUACCUGGACGCCAACUACGAGAUACCGUAUUCACUGCCUGGGCUGCAGUACUGGCCGUGUGACAAAUGGGCUGUUGGAUUACCUCACAUUGUCCUGAAGGGCACUACCAAAACAAGGAAACGGUGCUAACAAGGUCACAUUUAACUCUGGCAGAACAUUUCUUUAUAUAGUGCAAUCCAUUAGUUCAUUAAUGGCAAGCCAGCAAAAUGAUUUACCAAACUGACCUACUACAAUUCCAUUUUAGUUCACAUACGCCAGUUAUUUAUCAUCUGCAGAUUAAACUGUACUGCAGAAACAUUACUGUAAUUCAAACCUUUGCCCUCAGUCUCUCUUCUAAAGCUAACAGACAGAGGCUGAGAGCAGCUGAGAGUUGACUGAUCUUGAACUUUCCACAGUGGCGUGUGAAAUGAGGUGUGGUUUCACUGACGUUUUGCAGGUUUUAAGAUAAUCACUGUUAAACAUUAUGAGUUUGCAAAUCAUGAAUGGUUUUAUAAAAUGUCUACAGGUGCCCUGAAUGACUGAAAGAAAUGAGAGAACAUGUGUAUUUUGAGGAGUUUGGUUGUUUUUGUAUACAAAAAUCGAUUGCUGUUAUUUAUUUUCAUUUGAUUCUGCAAAUUACAGAUCAUAUUUAUUGUAUACAGUAUGUUUUCUUACAAUGAAACUGUCAUUCCUCAGUGCAUGGGUUUCUUUCUAGAUUGAGGCUCUACAGCAAAAUGUGUUUACAUGGAGUUUUAAAAUACCUCAACAUGUCAUGGUUUCACAGUUUCACCCUGUCCCCGGGGUUAGUUUGAGCUGUGAAAUCUGAACUGGGUUUUGUCUAAUUUUAAACUAACACCAGCUGAUUUAUAAUUAUCUGUGUGUUAACAUGUUAGAAUUAAGAGUACUGUAGUUUGACACUAAUUGAAACUGAGGACUUUUGUAACAUUUCAGUAACAGCUAUUGUCAAUAUCAAACAAUCUCCUGGUCUCAUUCAGGACCUCUGAGAUGUGACUCUAAAGUGCAUUUGUGUGGCUGACUGUUCCACAACAAUCACAUGCGGAUCUGUUUCUUUUGUAUGACUGACCCUAAUUCACCAAAAUGACCUUUUUGUUGAAUUUGGUGAUGUUUUGAGAAUAUUCAGCUCCCUCAUGCCUCCAUUCACAUGAUCUUUCUGGAAGAUAGAUACAACAACACAGGCAUUACACAAAGAAACACACAGCGUUUCUCUGCACUUUAGUGUUCAACAGUGACCUCCUGUGGGAGAUGAUGUACUCAAAGCAACCAGUGAUUAAAAAGAAAUGUAAUGUGACAAAAUAAGUGACAGCCAGGAGAUAUACUAAGAACCUGGUAACAAAUACAACAGAAUGUGUUGGCACUAAUCUCAAAUUAUAAUGUCAGAAGCCCCUGCCUGGAUAUACUGACUAAUAGUUUUACAGUAACUGUGUCAGUUUGUCUCAGUCAGUGAUUCAGGACCCCGAAAGUUGUUCCACAAAAAAAAACUGAGAAAUCACUGGAUAGUUUUUAGUCACGCUGGCAGCAUGGUUCUAAGUUUGGCAACGUUCGUUGCUCUGUCCAUCAAUUUGUUCCAGAUUAAAAUAUCUCAGCUACUGGAAAAAUUGUGAUUUAUCUGAAAUGUGUGUUUAGCCAUUCACAGUGUAUGGAGGAUGAAUCCCACUGACUGAGCACCCUGAGUCUGUUAAAGUCGGCAGUCCAGUAGCUGAGAUAUAAGUUUAUUAAAGUUUUCACUUAUCCUGUGAAGGUUGGGGACCACUGCUGUAGAUUUAUCUAUUCAGUCAUACAGAGAAAUGUGUUUUGUGCCCAUUGUUCAGGUUUGAAUGUAUUGUUUUUCUCAUUGUCAUGUUUUUAAAAACAUCUACCAGCAUUUAUAAUAAAGCUCUACUACUU